UCUGUACUCUGACGUUUCUUCCUCGAAAUUUUGACAUAACAUUGUUUAUAUGCAAAAAGUAAACACUGAGGAACAAAUAUUCAGUAGAUUAUAAAUAUGAGUAAAUCUGAAGUAACUGAUGAGGGUCAGAUCCAACGUUUGCCUGUUAAUUCCGAACAGCAUAUAUUCAACGAUUGGAUAAUAAAAUACAAGAAAUCUCAUAUAUUAAACUCGAUAUGUACGACCCCAAAUACUUGUAAGAAUACCACAAGUAAUUGCUGUUUGUUGUGCACGUACAAUAAAACAUUGGAAUUACCUCACCUUCCUGAAAUGGUAUUUCCUAAUAAUAUACUCACUCUGAUACAUCCUUCUGGAGGAAAAAUAGAAUUCAAUACUCUAGACGCUUUGAAAUUGGUUUCAAACGGAAGAUUACCUAUUCAAGUUGCUUGUGCUGAAGCGUGGAAGGAAACAAGGUCCCCUGAUAACUUAGGGGAAAAGAUCAGACCAUUUGAUUGGACUUUUUCCACAGAUUACAAAGGAACACUUUCAGAAGAUAUCAUAAUUGAAUCUACUGAAGAAAGAAUCGAUAUUGAAAAACUCAAAGUCAAGGAGAAAAUACUCUUUUACCAGGAACUGAUGUUAUUCGAAGAUGAACUACAUGAUAAUGGCAUCUCGUCAUGUACAAUCAAAAUAAGAGUAAUGCCAAGUUGCUUCUUCGUACUUUUAAGAUAUUUCCUGAGAGUUGAUAACGUUAUGGUACGAGUUAAUGAUACUAGAUAUUACCAUGAUUUCAACACCAACUACGUUAUCAGGGAAUAUAGUAAUAAGGAAUGUGCUUUCAACCAUGUGAAAUUACCCUUAACCUGCUUUGGGGAUCCCAAUCUUCUGUCACCUUAUAUGCCUCUAAGAACAGCAGUUUAUGAAAAACUUUCCUUUUCUAAUGUAAAAAGUGACGAGUGCUCAAGUGAUAAAUCAAUAAAUGGAACAUAAGAAUAGAAA